AUGUCAGUAUUUGCAGGUGCUGCUGCCAGCCCUGCCUCCCGGGGCUCCCAGUAUUCCCUCUUUUUUCCACAGGCCCUUCCUUACUUCGACCGCCUGGACUACGUGUCCAUGAUGUGCAACGAGCAGUGCUAUUCCCUGGCCGUGGAGAAGCUGCUCAACAUCCGCCCCCCUCUGCGGGCCCAGUGGAUCCGAGGUGGGCAGGAGGGUGUCCCCCUUGGCAUUCCCGGUUUCUGUGGACCCCCAGGACUUCGGGAACUGGGCCUUCGCUGGAAGAACCGCACCGUGGACAUCGGGGUGAUCACGGCCGAGGAGGCCCUGAACUACGGCUUCAGCGGGGUGAUGCUCCGGGGCUCCGGGAUCCACUGGGACCUGCGGAAGACGCAGCCCUACGACGUCUACGACCAGGUGGAGUUCGACGUCCCCAUCGGCUCCCGGGGGGACUGCUACGACAGGUACCUGUGCCGGGUGGAGGAGAUGCGCCAGUCCCUGCGGAUCAUCCUGCAGUGCCUCAACAAGAUGCCGCCCGGCGAGAUCAAGGUGGACGACGCCAAAAUCUCGCCCCCGAAACGGGCGGAGAUGAAGACCUCCAUGGAGUCCCUGAUCCACCACUUCAAGCUCUACACCGAGGGCUACCAGGUGCCACCCGGGGCCACCUACACGGCCAUUGAGGCCCCCAAGGUGACACUUCUGGCCCUGUGACGGGGACAGGGGUCUGUCCUCC